CGGACUGCUAAGUAAGUGCCACACUAAGAGUAAGACUUGGACAUUCAUCCCACCAUUCAUCAUGUUCCCUCCUCGCAUAUGGACGACAACGGCGCCGAUUCUGCGAGCGUCGCAUACUAUUCGGGGCGUGCCAGUUCUUGCUCAAAAUUACCUACGGGUUCGACCAUCGACAUCCACCAUUCGCUCAACGCCCCUACGCCAACUUUCGACGACAUCUCCUCGGCAUGCUCAGUAUACGCGCUUUCCAUCUGAAAAACACAGACACUUUUCGGGAGCGGUGAUAGACAACCGGAUGAAGAUUGUCAUUGCGCUUGCUGCAGUCGGAGGAACAUAUUAUAUCGUGCAUUUAGAGCAAGUCCCUGAGACGGGUAGGUGGCGAUUCAUGGAUAUAAGUCCCAAGUACGAGACAAAGCUUGCACAGGCAGCAUAUGAUGAGCUCUUGGCCGAAUUCCGAGGCAAGAUACUACCCUCCAAUCAUCCAGUCACCCGACACGUCCAGGGAGUGGUUACUCGUAUUCUUGAAUCAUCGGAUCUUGGUCAUCUGCGUUCCAGCGAGCCUCGCCGGUCCCUAGUGGAAGCAAUAGAUAAUUUCUGGAGCGAAGACCCAUUCACCGCUGGGAGACCUUCCGGGGAGUCGUCUACCCCAGAAAGCGGAGGUAAAGAGUGGAACUUGCUUGUUGUGAAUGAUCCAUCCGUUGUAAACGCCAUGGCCACUUUUGGAAAUAUCGUGGUGUUUACCGGAAUUUUGCCUAUAUGCAAGGACGAACAGGGUUUGGCUGCUGUCCUCGGACAUGAAAUCGCCCACGUGGUUGCUCGACAUGCUUCUGAACGCUAUUCGUCCUCCAAAGUAUUCCUGGCGGUCGCAUUUCUUCUGCAAACGGUCUUGGGUUUCGAUUUCGGAAUCACCAACCUCAUAAGCACGUUGCUACUGGAGCUACCAAAUUCGCGGACUCAGGAAUACGAGGCCGAUACUAUCGGCAUGCAGGUCACUGCAAAGGCAUGUUUUGACCCCCAGGCUGCUGUGGAAAUGCAUACACGGCUUGCAAAAUACGAACAAGCGCAUGGAGGAUCGAGUUUGGAAUUCUUGCGCACACAUCCUGGUGCAGAACGGAGAAUCAAACAUCUCGAGGAACUCAUACCAGAUGCUUACUCCGUACAAGCCAGCAGUCCUCAAUGCGCAGGCAUACAAGACUCUCUGAGUCGGUUCAGGGAGUUUGCUCCUAGAUGGUCGUAGAUUAUCUACCAGACUUAUUAUAAGAUAUCUGUUUACGUACAGAUUACAUACUGUUCUGAGAAAAUGUACGGCGUCUUUGGACCGUUCGCACUAUCUGUCAUUAUAACGAACAUAAAAUAUUACUUCAGUC